AUGCAACGUGAGAGGGACUCAGCUAGCGCCCAGUACGGGCAUCGGCUAAUACCAAACGUCAUUGAUGAACUUGCCCGAGAUGAUCCCCUCCGUGAGGCUUUUCAGAUCCCUCUCUCGCAAGACCCUCAAGAUGGAUGGGAGGUUAUCACGUUUUGGGACUACUCAAAUGCCGUAAACCUGCAGGCACACAAGAUUGUGAAGUUGUGUGGGAAAGCUCCAGUUGGCACUUUUCCAACACUUGCUUACAUCGGACCACAGGACGCACGAUAUGUUGUGUUCAUGGUGGCUGCUGUCAAGGCCGGCUAUCAAGCACUUUUUGUAUCUACCAGAAACUCCUCGGAAGGCCAGAUCUCUCUUUUCAACCAAACAGAGUGUCAGGUCUUGUUCUGCGACGGAACUUACUAUUCCGCCAUCAAACCAUGGGCAUCGACUAGGGACAUCAACAUCAUUGAAGUUAGCCCUUGCGAUUCAUGGUUCCCCAAGACUGAGGCUGAACAUUUCCCUUACGAUAAGACUUUUGAGGAGGCUGAGUGGGACCCCCUUUGUGUUUUACAUACCAGUGGUAGCACCGGGCUACCUAAACCAAUCAUAGUGCGACAAGGAAUGAUUGCCAUAAGCGACGCCUGCCAUAAUCUCAGUGACUGGCAAGGAUGUACUCAUUGGAUCUGCGCGUGGAUGGAAAAGUCCAAGCGACAUUUUAUUCCUAUGCCUCUCUUUCAUGCCGCUGGUCUUUAUGUGUUCAUCAUAAGUGUCAUCUGGUGGAAGACUCCCAUCGCCUUAGGAUUGGGCGACCGGCCACUGACCGCCGAACUGGCUACCGAAUGCUUGAGUGCCCUAGACGUUGAGUCAGCAGCAUUCCCGCCGUCUGUCCUCGAAGAUAUGAGCCAAGACAGCAAGGGUCUCAAAGUCCUGCAAAAGCUUCAGCUUAUUCCCAUUGGAGGAGGUAGCCUGGCCAGAGAUACUGGAGACUACUUAGUGGAGCAGGGGGUGGUACUAUGCAACCUCCUAAACUCGACCGAAUUUACCCCUUUCCCCGUAUACUUCCAACCAAGACCGGAGCUGUGGCAGUACUUCAUCAUAAACCCUGAUCUUUUUGGUUGCAAUUGGCGCGAAGCAGGUGAGAAUGUGUACGAGCUGGUGAUUGAGCGCAAAGACAAACACCCAGGCAUGCAGGGCUUCUUCUACACAUUUCCAGAUCUGGAUGAGGUCAGCACAAACGAUCUUUUUGAACCUCACCCUACUCUACCCAAUCACUGGAGGUACCACGGCCGUGCUGAUAAUGUCAUCGUAUUCUCCAAUGGCGAGAAGCUAAACCCGGUGACUAUCGAAAGCAUCGUUCAGGGGCAUCCACAAGUAAAAGGCGCGUUGGUUGUGGCUGGGUCGCGUAGAUUACAGCCUGGCCUCCUAAUUGAACCUGUCGUCCAUCCACGGAAUGAAGACGAACGAUGUGAGCUUAUCGAGAGUUUGUGGCCACACGUUGUGAGAGCCAACGAGGAAACAGUUGCUCAUGGUCAAAUCUCCAAGGACUUCAUUGCGGUGACUAGCCCUGACAAACCUUUCAGCAGAGCUGGGAAAGGCACGGUUCAACGAGCUGCGACAAUCGAGAAAUAUACAAAUGAGAUUGAUCAGCUAUAUGAAACGGCUGAGCAAGUCUCUGACUUGGAUGGCAAGCCGUUAGAUCUCAGCCCCACUGCUCUUACACAGUCGCUUGUGCAUAUACUGCUGCCACAUGUGCGUUUGCCAAGUCUGGAUCAAGAUACCAACUUCUUUUCCGCCGGUAUGGACUCUUUGCAGGUUAUGAACGCAUCCAGAAGGCUUCGGGCUGGUCUCGUGGCCUCCGGAUAUCCAGAAAUGACACAAUCUCUCAUCACGAGGGGGAUUUACAACAACCCAACCGCCACGCGGUUGUCCCAGCACAUCAUCCGUCUGGUAAAACAAAGUGAACAAGGUGUUUUGGAACAACAGGAGGAUAUGGAACGUCACGAGCUCGAGGUUAUGAAGUAUCUGUAUGAGAGAUACAAUCACAACCUGGUUAGAGAAAGCCAGCCCAGGCGUCCUGAUGCAGCAAUCAGGAAUCAAGUUAUCCUCCUGACUGGCUCAACGGGGACUCUGGGAUCCCAUCUACUGGAUUGCCUUCUACGAAAUCCCACCGUCGGCAAAGUAGUCUGUCUAAACAGAGCGGAAGAUGGAGGCCUUGAGCAGCAGGCGAAAGCGAUGCAGCAUCGGGGAUUGACACAACACUGCCACGAGAAGGCAGAGUUUCACCACGUGGAACUGGCCAAAGAUAAGUUAGGCCUUCCGGAAAACGUAUAUUCGCGCCUUCUUAAGGAGGCUGAUCGCAUUAUUCACUGCGCCUGGCCGGUAAACUUCAACCUUUCCACGGAAUCGUUUGAGCCACAUAUACGCGGCAUCAGAAUUUUGUGUGACUUUUCUGCAGAGAGCGUGAAGCGGGUCAUGGUCCUAUUCAUCUCGUCCAUUUCCACAGUGGAUAGGUGGGAUCCCAGCCAAGGCCCAGUGCCAGAACAAAGAAUCGAGGAUUGGAAGCUACCCGGCAACGGCUAUGGCCGUAGUAAAAUGAUAGGUAGCUUGAUCCUCGAAGACGCAGGGGCUGCUUGCGACUUCCCAGCCGUCUCAAUCCGCGUUGGUCAGAUUGCUGGUCCCGAGUCUGAUAGCGGAGGGUCUUGGAACGCCAACGAGUGGCUUCCAAGCAUCAUAGCCAGCAGCUUAUAUCUGUCGGCAUUGCCAGGAGAUCUAGGAAGAGCCAAUAGGGUGGACUGGACUCCUGUGGAGCGGGUCGCCAGCUUGAUUACUGAAAUUGCUGGUGUGGACAAUGAACCAUCCGUCAACGCGACGGAGCAACUCGGCGGCUAUUUCCACUGCGUCAAUCCUUCAUCAACUACUUGGCAGUACCUCGUCCCGGCUAUCCAAGAAUUCUAUGGCGAGCGCAUACACGAAACCAUUGGUCUGGAGGAGUGGGUUACCAGGCUGGGUGCGAGCCAAACAGACGAUGAAUCCGCAUCUGUUGCGAACCCAGGAUUGAAACUCAUCGACACUUACCGAUCACUGUUGGACAAUUCCAAGGCAGAGCCCGUCAUCUUGGACAUGUCUCGGACAAAUCAGACGACACGCUCGAUGCGAGGGUCCCUGGCUAUUACGCCCGAAUUAAUGAAGCACUGGUGUACACAAUGGGGAUUUUGA